AUGAAAACGUUUAUAAUUUUCACCAUAAUAGAGAUCUUGUGUAAGGCUAGGGAGAUGUUUGUGAAUAGAAAUGAAUUAAACACAAUUGAUACAUUCCAAGAAUUUGGUGUUAUUUUGGAUGCCAAUAUUACAAAUCAAUCAUCAAAUGCUCACUUCUGUUAAAUAGUCAAACAAAAACUUACUAACUUGAUGUAGACUGAAAUACAAUUGGCUCCACUUGUAAAUGAAAAGGAUUUCAACAAAUCCUUUAUAAAUGGUUCUUUGAAAUUAGAAACUAAUUAUUACUAUAUUGUAUCUAUGGUUCCAUUUCAAAAAGGGGCUGUAAUCUUAUUUAGUGAUGGGCGUCUUACGUAUAUACAAGAAAUCAACGGAAAAAUUAUCAAAAUGGAAUCAACUGAAAGGAUACAAAUCGACCCAAUUUAGUUAAUAGAUCCUAUUCGCAUGUUCUAUUUCUCAUCAAUUUAGAAAAUUGCCAUUAUACUUAAAAAGUUAUUCGUAUACGUGUAAGUAAAUCAGAACGAAACCAAUAUAUUCGGCAAGUAUACGAAUUAAACUGAUAAUAAAACCAUAACUACCAAUAAUAUAGAGUUUGUUGAUGAAUAUUUAUUCAUAUUGGAAUAGAAAGAAUUCAUCAUCUAUUCUUGUAAUUCAGAAGGUUUAUAACAAAUUUUUAGUAAAAAACUAGAAUUGAAUUUUAUUGACAUGAAAGUUCAGCAAUAAAAUGACGUUUAUCGCAUCUUCUUUUUGCAUAUAUUAUCUGGUGUAGAAAUCUUUGUUUACGACCCUAUUUUAUUUUAAUUCAAAGAAAUCUCAUCCAAUGAUAUCAUACCAAUAAAAGGAUUUUAAAUUGGAUUGUAUCAUCAUAUCUUAAUGAUUGUUGAUGAAAAUCAUAAUGAAUCUAUUAUUUAUGAAUUACAUUCUUCAAACUCAACUAAUAAAUGGACUUUGUAUAAUAAAUAUCAGUUAAACAACAAAGUUUAUGAUAUCAAGUUUACAGACAAUUAUGCAAUCUUCCUCGGAAAGAAUAGCCAUGACAUUCUUUAUCACUCUCUACCAAUCAUAGAUUAUAAAAUACACAAUCAAAUUAUCAUUCCUGGCCUAUAAUAAAUCCAUCUCAUUGAUUAAACAGAACCUCAGAAUAAGAAAUUCAUAGGUAUUACAAAGCAUACUUAUUUCGUUACCAAUUUUAGUAUAGCUCAUCAAAGGAUUGAUUGCCAAUACUAAGAAGACCCAGGUCCAAUUUAAUUCUCCUACUAUUAAAAUUCUACACAAUGUGCUAAAUUGCCUUAGUAGUAAGAAGGUCAAUUAUGCCUUUACAUCUCAAAUUACACAGUUUAUUAUAAAUAUCCUAUCCUUACUACAGAACAUUACAUAUACAUAUCAAUAGUUGGGUUUUUGUUUGCUUUUGUGUGUGCUAUUUUAAUAGUAUUAUUCUUAAAUGAAUAUUUUAAAUACACAGGACUUAUUAUAAAUAAAAAACAAUAGAAUAUUCAAAUACAAGGAUUCCUUAAUACUCCUAAUAGUUCGAGUUCCGUUAUUAGUUAUGUUCCUAGUCCAUAAAAUGAGAAUUCUAGCAAUCAACACACAUUUUCAUAAAGUCCACUUUCUCCAAUAAAUUAACUAUCCUUAGAUCAAAGUAAAUUUCAAAAUAAAGAUGAAGAGUAAUAAAGUUUUGGAUAAUGA